AUGUUGACUGACUUUGAAGGUGUUGCAAGAAAAAACGAAGUAGGGUUCCGCAUUUGGACUAGCAAAGAGUUCCACCAGUACCAGGUUGUUGGGAGAAAGCUCCCUAUGGCAUCUAAUGAGCACCCCAAGAUUUACCAAAUGAAGCUCUGGGCCACAAAUGAGGUUCACGCCAAGUCCAAGUAUUUUAUGAGGAAGCUGAAGAAGGUCAAGAAGAGCAAUGGCCAAGUGCUUGCCAUUAAUGAGGUUUGUUCUCUUUGCCGUUUAUACUUUAUUUUUUUCCAAUUAAUAAAUUUGUACCCAUUUUGA